AACGACCCUCAGCUCAGCCUGGUGUCAGCCAUGAUCAAAAACUUGAGGGAGCAGGGCGUUACAUUCCCUGCUGUGGGGUCACAGGCUGCUGAACAAGCUAAAGCCAGCCCAGCAUUAGUGGCCAAAGAUCCUUCCACCACAACAAACAGAAAAGAAGAGGACGACCUUGCUAAAGCCAUUGAGCUUUCUCUGAAGGAGCAGAGGCUGCACCCUCAGACGUCCCUCUCCGGCCUCUACCCCAGCGCCAGCAGCCUGCUCGCCACCAACAAGCCCGAGGGACGCAAGGUGCGCGCCAUCUACGACUUUGAGGCGGCCGAGGACAACGAGCUCACCUUCAAAUCUGGAGAGAUCAUCACCAUUCUGGAUGACAGUGACCCCAACUGGUGGAAGGGUGAGACGUACCAGGGAGUGGGCCUGUUUCCCUCCAACUUUGUGACCGCAGACCUGACGGCAGAGCCUGAAAUGAUGAAGACUGAGAAGAAGACGGUCCAGUUCAGCGAGGACAUCCAAGUAGAGACCAUCGAACCGGAGCCAGAACCAGUCUACAUUGAUGAGGAGAAGAUGGACCAGUUGUUGCAGAUGAUCCAGAGUGCAGACCCAACAGAUAACCAGUCGGACCCUGUGGAGCUUCUGCAGCUGGAGGGUGCCUGUAACCAGAUGGGGCCACUCUGUGAUCAGAAACUGGAGGACAUUGACAGGAAGCACUCCGAGCUGUCUGACCUGAACGUGAAGGUGAUGGAAGCGCUGUCCAUGUAUGCCAAGCUCAUGAAUGAGGACCCAGUGUACGCCAUGUACGCUAAACUCCAGACCCAACAGUACUACAUGCAGCAGCCGCCAGCUAAUGCUUCCCAACAGGUGUACCCAGGCCAGACGCCAGGAGGUUCAUAUGCGGUGCAGGGCUACAGUGUGCCCCUGGAGCAGCACCCCUCCCAGCACCAAGCAGGAGGUCCCAUGCCAGGCCCGCCCAACCCCAGUGACGUGCACAUGUACAUGGCCCAGCCUGCCGUCUAUGGCCCUAACCCAGGCAACAUGGUUCCAGGUGACGUUCCCCCCUAUCAGAACCCCUCCAGCGUCCCAGCCGGAAUGGGCCCGCCCCCUAGCUACGCCCAGAGCCUUCAAGCCCCUUCUGACGGCCAGCAGGCCCCUUACCCGGCUGACAAAGCCUUGCUAUAGAGGCUGGCACAGACUGAGACCAACCAGUCCCCUCUCCAAAUUUCUAUCCUGCAAAUGCGCACACACACGUACAUACAGUCAUGCAGAUUCCCCCGGCCCGAUUAUGUACAUAAAUUGACUUACAAAUUCUUUCAGAACAGAAACACUAACUCUUACUGCAACGUACACAUACAUAUGUACACACUCUUGCAAAAUUGACACACCCACCCAGUCCAAAUAUGUAGGUGUUUACCACUGAUUGUGUUGACAGUCAGUGGUGAAGAGGCAACGAGUUUCUUUUUUUUUCUUUUUUUUUUUAAGACGGAACAUUGUCAUUUCAUGUGACGCAUCUAUCAUUUUUAGAAACACUAAAGACUGGAAUCCACGUGGAGGAAGCCUGAGUGGACAGUGCCAGGGGAAGGAAAAGGAAGAAGCAUGCAUACUUUUGUACAUACAGUACCACAGUACCGUCUGCCUGCACUGGUCGCCGUAGCAUCGUGUUUUGUCAUUGCAGCUCCCUGAUUGGACAGCAGGGGCCCCUCCCUCAGUGUCCUCAUAACUCAUUGAAGUCCUCAUAACGUACGCUGCCUCUGAGGACCUGUGGGAGGAGAAGAACACACACACACACACACACACACACACACACACACACACACACACACAGCUACAGGUCCUAGCUGGGUGUUAUGGUCAACCUCCCCAGAUGUCUUUAGGUGUCUGAUUUGCUCAGUGUUACCAUGCAUUAUUUUGUAGCGUGACUUUUAAUUUAUAUAUUUUUUGAUUGUUGUUAUUACUAUUUUUAAUGCACAUGCGUGUGAAGAAGAGGAAACACAAAAGGACAGAAAUAUUCUACCUGAUGUAUAUUUAAGAGGCUUGGGACUCCCAUUUUAGAUUGAUUCUGUAGAUUCAGAACGGCUGCCUGCUCUGAGACCCGGAGUGCCACACUGCACGCCAGGUAACGAUUUAUUACUGUAUGUCCAUGCACUUUUGGUUUUACCCUGACAUCUCAGAAUGUUUCAGUUUCAACACUAAAGACCACACACCCCUGACUGAAUACUGAAAAUCCACAGAAAAUCCGCCGAUCUCAAGCAAAGCUAAGUUUAAAACUCUACUGAAGAUGCACUCCUUUUAAGCAUUUCAAGCGAUGGGUUGAUCUCUCGAUUUGAGUUGAUUGAUUGAUUGAUUGACUGACUGACUGACUGACUGACUGACUGACUGACUGCUUAUUCUUUUGAAGACAUGAUAUGAAGAUGGCCAUCUUUUAAUUUACUGGAAAGACGGAUGGCCCCUCUGCAUACUCCCAGGCCAGUUUCUCUUGUGCUGGAUUAUCAGAUCAGGUUGUUGUCUAAAUGGGCUUGCUGUAAUCUGAGUGGGGAUAGAGUGGUGCUCUCUGAUCUUCUCACGGGGUUUCCUCCGAUGGUUUUCUCUUACCUAGAGUGGCCCUCCUGCUUUUGUCCCCCCCCCCUAAGAUGAAGUGUGUAAGAUAUAAAACAUGUUUUUGGAAAACUGUCUACCCUGGGACCACAAGCCAGUCUUAAAUAAGCACUCCUUUUUUGCACAUGGUGUUGGGAGGUCGAUGUCCCAGAUCUAAACUUUGUCCACAGGGAAACGUGACUUUGUUUUUAUGUUUUGACUCAAAAGAAAAAAGGGGGGUUCUUGUGUCAGUUCUGCAGUUAUGUUCCAAUGUAGCCAGCUGUUUGUAUGUACAAUUUUAAUCAUCUUAACUAUGAUUAGUAUUCACAAUAAAACUAGGCCAAUGUA